GCCUGAAGGAGAAAGGAAAGAAAGAGUCCUCCAGCUUCCCUCCCUCCUUCCCAUCUACUCUGUCUGAUUCAAUCUCAAACUCUGCGUCCAAUCCCACCACCUCCAAAUUCAAAUCCCUAAUUCCUGAUUCCUAAUUUUCCCUCCUCACUCUGAUCUCUGAUUCUUCCUUCUUCUUCCGCCCCUCUCCCGCAUUAAAGUUCCACUGGCCCGUCCCGUUCUGAAAGUUUCACCACUGUCGGCGGAGGAGUUUCCAGAUUCAGAUCAACCGUAUAUUCAUGCCGGUCUCCCUGCCUCCCUUCUCAGUGCAUCAAGCAAUCGCGGUCUCAGUCACUGUCUUCUCUGGUAUUCGCUCUACUACCGGCAUUUCGAUUUUCCAGGUUUAAGUUACUAAUCAGGCUAAGAGAGGUUCCGUUUCUGAUGUUUGAGUUUAGUUUUGGGGUUGGCAAUUGCGCUGAUGUGAGAGCAGUUUAAUCGUCGGGAUAGUGCGAUCCUGGUUGGAAACUCCCCUGUGUAUGGUAAUCCCGCCACUGGGAAGAUCCUCGUGCUUUCUCUCCUUGUUCCCGGGGCUUAGUUGCAGUGAUGGGAGGACUAGGAACAGCGUUUCUUUAGUUUUUUUAGGGGCACUGCCUGCAAUGCGAUGAAACGGAGGACUCUGGCACUGGAAUAUUCUCGUCGCCUGAUUGUGCAAAGAUGGUGCUUGGUAAAAUAGCAGCUGCGGUUUCUGCUGCGACUAGUCGUCUCUCUUUUUCGGGAUCAAACUCUGCUUCUGUCCCGUAUAUGUCAACUGGGGUAUCUCCCCCUCCUACAGAAGCCGCUGAUCAUGGAUUUUCUUUCUCCAACCCUGCACAAAGCAAGGCCAAUUUGAGGCUCUCGUCAUCACUGCAAGACUUGUCAUCGUAUAGGCGACUUGAUCCCGAGGAAGGGGACCCUCUGAAGUUUGGGGUUGAUAAGAAUGUCCGUUUGUUACAGAGAGAGAAUGCUACCGCUGCAAGUUUUUCUAAAGAGAAAGGACUGCCACCUGCAACUCCUUUUCUACGGAGGAAAUGGGUUCGGGCGCUGUUGGUGUUCUUGUGCCUGUUAUCGUUUACUUUCUUAACUUACUUGAUUUCCUUAUACAUUUAUUCUUACUGGUCUCAAGGAUCAUCCAAGUUCUAUGUUGUUCUUGACUGUGGAAGUACUGGUACUCGUGUGUUCGUAUAUCAGGCAUCCAUUGAUAACAAAAAAGAUGGUAACUUACCCAUUGUGGUGAAGUCUUUUUCCGAAGGUGUUUCUCGAAAGCCAACCGGACGUGCAUACGAUCGAAUGGAAACUGAACCUGGGCUUCAUAUGUUGGUGCAUAAUACAUCUGGAUUGAAGUCUGCUCUAAAACCACUUGUUAAGUGGGCCCAGAAGCAAAUUCCAGCGGACGCACAUCAGUCAACCUCACUUUUCCUCUAUGCUACUGCCGGGGUACGCAGGCUUCCUAGAUCUGAUUCGAAAUGGCUGCUAGAUAAAGCGUGGUCUAUACUCAAUGAAUCUCCAUUCUUGUGUCAAAGAGAAUGGAUUAAGAUUAUCAGUGGCAUGGAAGAAGCUUAUUUUGGAUGGAUAGCCUUAAAUUAUAGAACUGAGGUACUGGGAGCUAGUCCGAAGAAGCCAACUUUUGGCGCUCUUGACCUGGGGGGCUCAUCAUUGCAGGUCACUUUUGAGGGUGAUAAACAGUUCCGCAACCAGACUAACUUAAACCUUAGAAUUGGAGCUGUCAACCAUCGCCUCAGUGCCUAUUCUCUCGCAGGAUAUGGUUUAAAUGAUGCAUUUGAUAAGUCUGUUGUUCAUAUCCUAAAGAGGCUUCCAAAUGUUGAUUUACUCAGUAAUAAGGCUGAGAUUAAGCAUCCUUGCCUGCAUUCUGGCUACAAGGAGGAAUAUAUAUGUUCCCACUGUGGGUCUGACAAACAAGAUGGUGUUAGUCCUGUUAUCCGAGGAAGACAGCUUCGCAAGGCAGCUAAGUCAGGAGUGGCUGUUAAGCUUAUUGGUGCUCCAAAUUGGGAGGAAUGCAGUGCACUUGCUAAAAUCGUUGUUAAUUUAUCUGAAUGGUCAAACAAAAGCCCAACAGUAGACUGUGACUUGCAACCCUGUGCUCUCCCAGAAGGUUUACCUCGCCCGUAUGGCCAGUUCUAUGCUAUCUCUGGGUUUUUUGUGGUAUAUCGUUUUUUCAACCUGUCCGCAGAAGCUUCCCUUGACGACGUAUUGGAAAGGGGUCGAGAAUUCUGUGAACGGAAUUGGAAAUAUGCGAAAAGUAGUGUUCCUCCGCAGCCCUUUAUUGAACAAUACUGCUUUCGGGCACCGUACAUAGUAUCAUUGUUGAGAGAGGGCUUACACAUAACAGAUAGCCAAAUUGUUGUUGGUUCUGGUAGUAUAACUUGGACACUUGGGGUUGCACUGUUGGAAGCUGGGAAGACAUUUUCAUCUAGAUUACGGCUUCAUAAGUAUGAAAUAUUCCGUAUGAAGAUACAUCCAGCCGUUCUCCUUGCCCUUUUGCUUAUGUCAUUGUUUAUGUUGCUAUGUGCAUUAUCAUGUGUUGGCAACUGGAUUCCGAGGUUUUUCCGGCGACCAUAUCUUCCACUUUUCAGGCAUAACAGUGCAUCUACCGCUUCUGUUCUCAACAUCCCUUCCCCCUUCCGUUUUCAACGGUGGAGUCCUAUGAAUACUGGCGACGGAAGAGUGAAGAUGCCAUUGAGUCCAACAGUAGCAAGUGGGCAGUAUCGACCGUUUGGAUUGGGCCAUGGUCUGGGUGAGAGUGGGGUCCAGCUCAUGGAACCUGCCAUAUACACAGCGAGUGGCAGUGUUUCGCAUAGUUAUUCCUCCAACAGCUUAGGGCAGAUGGUUGAGAGCAGUAGCAUGGCUUCCUUCUGGUCCCCUCACAGAGGUCAGAUGCGCCUUCAGAGUAGAAGAUCCCAAUCUAGAGAAGACCUCACUUCGUCCGUCGCUGAUGCACAUAUGGUGAAGGUUUAGAUCAUCUGUCCCUUGAAACUAAUGGUAAGGAGAAACGAAAGCGGGAAAAUGAAAAAAAGAACUGGCAGCUGUAGAGGAAAUGGACUUUGGUAUGCUAAUCCAUAUCUGUAUUCUGACCUCUAAUUUCCUGCAGAUCCUGGUCUGCAUUGCCUGACUUUCACACUCGUUAACUCGGUCUCCACUGCAGUACAAGUGCCCAGCUCUUUUGUGAAGCAAGCUAGCAGGGUUGCAGUCUUACAGAAAAUUCCUGACAGGUGCUUGCACUAACCUUCCCUGUUUUGUUUCCCCACCGCAAAAAUCCUUGGUGCUAUUUUUACUUGCUCACUAGGCAACCUGUUCCCACAUGUAAGAUGCGACCUCAUUUUGAGAGAGAGACAGAGCAUUCAUUCCAGAGUCUGUUUUAGACAUGUUUUAGAUCUGCAGAGCAAAGGAAAGUAAAGGGUAGUGGGUUUUAGCAGAAAGGAAUAGACAAGUUGGUGGCAAGAGAUAUGCAAUACCUGUAUUAUUAUUAUUUUGUCAACUCUUGAAUACAUGGUGUUAGAAAUUGGUGAAGAAGCCACCAAGUAAUUCGCAAAUGCAAUUUCAAUUACUAGGUGGUGAGAAGUGUAUCGAAACUCAUUUAUUGGGCCAAGUGAUUUUUUUGGAAAAAUGCUCGGAGGUUUCUGUGAUCGAGAGUUCUUCUGUUCGAAUCUCGUUGACGCAUAUUUAUUUGGACUUGUGCAAACUUCAAGCCUAUAUGUGUGGUGGCUUUCGUUUGAUGGAGUGUGUUAGUACAUGUUAUAUGAUCCACUAUGGAACCAACUCACGGAUUUGAAAUUUGCACGGGCACACGAUACCUUAUGCUUUAAUGAACUGUUAAUAUUGGGGGUCGUGGAGAUUCGAACACAUGGCCACUUGACCAACUAUUUCUAAUAUCAUGUCAUGAAUCAGUUGAUCCCAAUAAUAUGACAAACAUGUAAUUGAGAAGCGUAACACUAAUUUACAUCGGAUUUUUCAUACUUACACUCAAUUGAUGAGCUCAUUCUAGUUAGCAAACUUACUUGUUGGCCAGCGUGCAACUUCAACUAUAAAAAUGUUAUGACCUUCAAGUUGAAAACCAGUGACGAUAUCGUUAGACAAAAUUCUCGUCGUUGAUAAAUAAUUUUUGUGCGAUAGUUAAGCUGGCGAGCGAUGAGGAAAAUUCAGCAGGAGGCGAACGGUGAAAGUAGCAUAGCACUGGAUCCUGAAGAUUUGCAGCAGUAGUAUGAUUGAGAGAGGAUAAACAUUUUGAACAAAGUAGUGUAUUUUUUUUUUGGGGUUUCAUUUAUUUGAAUCAUUAUACUGAAAAAAAGGUUAAUCAAAAUGUAGUACAUAUAUGUUGUGUUUCUUUGGGUUGUAGACUACACUUUCUUACUUCGUGUUCUACAUAUUGUACUAGGGGUCUUCUAACCAAGAAACCCCAUGUAUCAAU